AACACACACUAAUUAGUAUAUCUGUACACAUGUUUAUGUAUAGUUUGUUGAUUUUUCCCACUACUCUAUGCUGAGCAGUUUUGAUCCUUGCGAAAGAAUGAGUAGUUAUUUGUAUCAAGUGCAGGAGGAGGGUCAGUUCAACUCUACAUGUUUUUUUUUUUCUUACCUCGACUUAUAUGAAAUUAUGAAGCUUUCUAUUGUACUGGCCAAAUAGUGAAUAGAGGACUCACUAGGGGAAUCUAUUGCUUAACAAUUUAAGGAGAAACGGAGGCAGAAAUCAUCCACUAGUUUGUGGUGUUUGAUGAGUUUUCACGCACACAUUUAGUUCUUGAAGAUCAUAAUCUGUUUUAAAGCAUGUUGUAUACCUUUUGGUAUGUUUAAAAAGGGAUUAAGCAAGAAGGAAUUCCCUUGAUUUGUGACUCCACUAGGCAGUUCUUGAUAGUCAUGACACAACGAAAGUCUUCAAGACUAAAGAAUAAAGCAACAAGAAUCACGUCUUUGGCAAACCAAAAAAAGUUUUUGCUGGCCAGAAGAACAACUGCUCCAGCUAGUUCUAUACGGUCGCUUCAGCUUCUGACAAAUGCAAUAGAAGAACAUCAGCUACUAGCGCCACAACAUCCAGAGGUAGGAGCCCAUAUACAAACUGAGUCAACCACUCCUGCAACACAAUCAGUGGACGAACAUCCCGAGGUAGGAGCCCAUAUACAAACUGAGUCAACCACCCCUGCAACACAAUCAGUAGAGGAACAAGUGCAAUUGGAUUCUACUACUCUUGCAGGAAAUGAACAAUGCGAUGAGCAAGGCUCUUCCACUCAAAAAAGAAAAAGAGGUAAAACAAAGAUGCUAAAUGUACAUGGAAGGCAUGAACAUAAAUUGAUUGUACUAAAUGAGCGCGGCGAACCUGUUGGUCCAAGUGAAGAUGAUGUGACGGAGUUGAGCAGCUUCCUCGGUACAUUGGCAAGGAAUACGACCCUCUGUCCUCUUGAUAUAUAUGAUUGGAGGAAAGUUAACACAAAAAAGGAUUUGUGGAAUUAUACCAAGGAGAAAUAUGAUAUUCCUGAUAUUGCGAAGAAAUGGACUUUGGGAAGAAUUCAAAAUGCUUGGAGAAGGCGUAAGCGUGAUUUGAAAAAAAUUCACUUUGAACCCUAUGCUAAUGACGAAAUCCGAAUGGAAAAAAGGCCUGAUGAUGUUCCAGCAUCUCAAUUUAAGGAACUUCUAAAAUAUUGGAACUCGGAAAAAGCCCAGAAAAUGUCCAAAACCAAUGUUGAGAAUCGGAAAAAGUUGAAGAAUCCACAUACUGUUGGCAAAAAAAGCUUUGCUAUAGUCCGCAAUGAAUUGGCAAAAGAGAUGGAAACUUCUGAUCCUCUAUCACUUGAGGAAAUCUUUGUGGCUACAAGAAAAAGAAAGCCCGGUCGAUCAUACAAGGAUUCGGAUGAAGAUACAACUAGCAAGAUUGCUGAGAUGGUGAAUAUUGAAACGCAACAAAAUGAAGAUGGUAAUGAGUCAAUUAAUGCAUUUGUAUCCGUCACAGUACCUGAACAUUCGGGACACUUGAGAUUGUAUGGGCGAGGGGUUACAAAAACUACUUUGAAAGGGAAAGUGGGACAUUUCGAACCCUCUUCAAAUGCGAUAAAUGAUCUCAAAAAGAUGGAAGAGAGGAUGAUAAGAUUGGAGGAAAAACUUCAGGAACAAAAGGAACACUUUGAAGAACAAAAGACCAUGAUGAGACAAGAAAUUGUAGAAGAUGUCAUAACAAAACUUCAACGUUCAGGAUUACCAUUUGAUGCUAGCGUUUUAGCAACAUUGGGUGAAGCUUCCUCAACACGAGCAGCAGCUAUUCAGCCAAUUAAUCAUCCAUCUAUUGGUAGCAACAAUCAAGUUUAAAGAAUAAGGAUUUGCUGCUACUGUGACAAGAAAAAGGCUUUGCUGCUACUACCACAAGAAAAAGGCUCUUGUUUUCAGUUUAAAGAAUGGAGUUGAAAUUGGUUGAUUGCAAGUAAUUAUUUUUAUUUAAGUUAGUUGUUAGUGAUUCAUCUCUAGUUUGUCGAAUCUGUUUGGUUUCAAGUCGAUGCUAUACUGGUAUUUGUUGGUUCAAAUGCUGUCUUUUUAGUUCAAAUACGAGUUGGUGCUCAGCAAGUGUGAAAUGGUAUCUAAUAGCAGAAACUAAGUUCGCUUUGUUGGGAUUUGUUUUCUCUGCUUUCCAGUAUUGAAACAAUACUUAUUUCAGAGGUUUCUAAUGACAUUCUGGUCUAGCAACUGAAAUGGAACUGGUUUGAAAAAUCCCUCACCUUUGUCGUAGUUCAUGAAACAGUUGGAACUGAUUUGAUUUACCUUUCUGUACCUUCUCGGGACUUCUUUACUUGGAUAACAUCACCAGCUAGUGCUGAUCUUUAUGUUUAGUGCUGGCGAAAUGCUUAGUUGCUAUAUAAGCAAUCUCUAAGCGAUUUCCAAAUGGAAGUGUUAUUGCUCUCACGACAUAGAAGAUCAAACUUAUAGUCUUGGGGAUUUUUGUUGCCCUGAUUCUGAUCAUAGUUGUCAGUAUGUGGUGGUUUCAAUUGUCACUAGUGCGGUCCACAUCCUUACUAGGGUUGAUGUUGAUCGAAAGUUGUGACACUUAAAAUCUUUCGUUAUAGUUCAUUAUAGUUCCUUUUUUCUUUCGUUGUGAUCUUUUGUUCUAUGCUCUGUAUCAUGAGAAACUGCAUGUAUAGCUUGUAAUGCUAAAUUCUUUAUUAUAGUAAUGAAAGAGUUCCUCUCCUAGUUCACCAGGCCACAUAGUGAAGCGACCUCUCAUCAGGAUAGAAAAUUUUUGGACUGCAUUCGUUGUGUUUUACCUUUUAUACAAGGUAUUGUUGGAAUUCAAACUAUUCCCUUGCUACUACUUUACUGCAAAGAAGAGAAUUACACAAUCUAAGGAUAAAAUUUUACAAAGCAAAAAGAGUGAUGGAAGAGGGAGAUUAUGACGGCAAUUUAGAUAUUUUACGUUAUGAGUGUAAUUUAAUUUGUUAUAGUAGGUUAAUAUUCUAUUUAUCAAGUUAUCAAAUCGGGCUUGUGUAGAUCUUGAUUAGUUUGAAGUCCAUUACUUUUUUUUUUGGUCUUAGAUUAUUUAAUAGAUUUUCCUUUUCUUUUUCUGAACUUUCUUUGUCCCUUCGAAAAUAGUAGGUGAAAGAAAUCUUUAUCUUUCAUGACCAAAAAAGAAAAA